UCUACUUUCGGUUUCUUAUGCAAGCUUCAUUUAAAAUGGAGGAUUACUGUUCAGUCUCUUGUAUACCAAUUCGAAUAACAAUGUUUUUGCUAUUAUAUUCGUACGUUCAUGGUAACCUUUUUGAAGAAGUGUCAUCAUGUCCAUCAAAUGAAGAAGAAUGGAUGGAUCGAGCUCAAAAGAAAAGGUGUCAAGAACCCAUACCUGAUUACAUGUGUGCCGCCAUUGAAAACCAGCCAGGACGGUUAGGGGAAAUAUGUACCGUUGUUGGUCUUACAAGCAAAGGUGAAUGUGCAGUUUUGGAUAAAAACACGUUCAAUUUAAAUUUUGUCAAAUGUUAUGCUUCUUCCGACUGCCCGCCUGAUGCAUACUUACCUUCUGAGUCGUUCAAAUAUCCAGUGUGUCAUACAGAGCAGAGAACAACUACUUUAACGUCGACACUUGGAACUGAACGAGAUGAACAAAUAACGACUAGAAAUCCUGGAAAGACCGAACGAGAUGGAUCUUUUCAUGCAAUCGUUAUCUCCAGCUCUAUUGUAUUCCUUAUUUUUUCAUUUGUAUUACUUGUGCUUUUGGUGAGAAAAAGACUAUCUAAACGAAAUAGAGACUUGGAAAACAAUGAAGCAGACGAGCCCACAUUCUUGUUAAACGCAGACAGUAAAUUAGAGGCACUGUAUACACAAAAAAUAUCAACGUUAGGAAGAUAUAUGCAAUUUCAACUUGUAAAACAAAGUGAAAUUAAGAACCUUCAAUUUUACAUGGUCAUGCAUUCCGAAUCGUUAAAACUCCAUAUCAAGGAAAACUUCGAUAUGAUGAUGAAUUCAGGUACCGUAGAUUGGACUACGUUUGAUUUGGAUACUGUAUACACACUUCUGUCAAACUGUUGUGGUAUAACAUGUCCGGAUCGGGGCUGGGGCUACAAACCAACAGAUGAGGACCUUUCUGUGGGGGCAGACAUUGAACGAAUUAGAAUCUUGGUGAACGAGUAUUUGGAUAAUAAAAUGUUUAAGGUGGAAGAGGCUGACCAGAUUAUCGAAAGAUGGAUUUCGUUAAAAAAGGAAGUUGAUCCACGUGAUAUUAUCAAUUUUGAUCACGAGACGAAUAUAAAUUAUGAAAAGCUAAAUCCGAACAAUAUCGUAGAGCAUGGAACCGUUGUCACACGUGCUAUUGAAAACAUUCUAGAAAAACUUAAAUCAAAGAAAAUUGUAACAUGUCGCGGAGCCAUUGGUUGCGGGAAAACAACAGCAUUAAAGUACGUUGCUAGAAAGUACAGGAAUGAUGGGUGGACGAUAAAAUGGAUAGAGGAAUUCAUAGACGAAUUUUUUUUUGACAAUGUUAUCGAGAAAAAAACGGAUGAAAUUAUGAUUUGUUGUGACAAUUUGUUAGGAUCGUUCGGGUGUCAAGUAUUUUCUGAUGAAAUGUUUGAUAAAUUUCACUAUUUUAUGCACUCGAUUCAUAAAAGUGAAAAUAAUAUCAAAAUGUUGCUCGGUAUCCAUGAGCACGUGAUUGAAGAAAUUUCCUCUAAACACUCUCUUGUUUCGCAAGAUUAUAAUGCUUUGGUAGAUAUGGAUAGCCUCUCACAGUCGGAAGCAUUACUAAUAUAUAUAAAGCAGCAAGAAAAUACUAAUGUCAAACAGCAAUAUAUUCCAUUUGAAGAUUUUCUGGAGUUAAAUAAAAAUAGAUCUGCUAACAUAGGAGCACCUUUCCAGACUUUGAUGAUUUCAGUGGCUCCUAAUAUCUUUAGUACAAGAUCAUUUUGCGAUAAACCGUUUCAGCUUCUGACAGAGAAUUUUUCCGAACUUUUAUAUGACAAUGAGGCAAUGUUUUUUUCACUUUUGUAUGUUAUGUGUGUUGUGGUUUUCGAUAAGAGAGAGGGUGGACUUAAAAGAGGUAUAGCUAAUGCAAUUUAUCCCCGGUUAGACAAAAACACCGUGGAAUAUUACCUACCAGAAUUAGGCCCAUACAUACAGGAUGAUGGUAACACCGUGGAAAUAAAACAUGAUGUGAUCUCGAUUGCCUUGUUUCAUACAUUCAUGAUGCAAUCGACAAAACCGUGGUCUAUCUUUCCAGCAUGUGAUAUCAGAAGAAUUUUGGAACUCAUACGACCUGAUGAUCAAUGCACUAAAUUUCAUCAUUUUGCUGUUCCUUUGUCAAGAAAAACGCUUCAUGCUGCAAAAACAAUCAAGACUGAAAUUUUUCAUAAUAAUGUAGAUAUCAGAGGGCAUCCUUUAAUGGAGCAUUUUCGUUAACACGAAACUCUCAUCUUUCAACGAAUCAAAUAAUUGGCAUUGACUUGAAAAUCCAAACAUUCAAUUGUUUUUUAACAAAGUCAAAUAUUAGAUAUGCUUAUUUCUUUUUUAAAACUCAGUAUGUCAAAAAUAUAUCAAUUUAAAUGUU